AUCACACCGUACGAGGCGCGCUGGGGCAAGAAACCCGACUUGAGUCAUCUUCGAGUCUGGGGGUGCCGGUGCUACGCAUACUACCCGAAGGAACUGGAGACGAAGGGUGGUCGACGCAUGUAUGAAGGUAUCUUUGUGGGGUACGAUGAGGCCCGCAAAGGAUACUGGAUCCGCGAGUCGGCUAACGGCCGACUCCAAUUU